ACCCCAGCCAGGCCAACAGCAUCGGUAGGAUCCCCGAUGGCCCUGUCCUGCUCCUUCUUGCUGGCCCUGGUGGUGCUCAGCUGCCACUCCCUAGGCUCUCUGGGAUGUGAUCUGCCUCAGGACCACGACCUGCACUGGAGGGCCCUGAUGCUCCUGCAACAAAUGAGGAGACUGUCUGCUAGCUCCUGUGACAACUACACAAAUGAUUUUGGCUUCCCCCAGGAGGCGUUUGACGGCAAGUCACUGCAGAAGGCUUACGUCCUCUCUGUCGUCCAUGUGACGAACCAAAAGACCUUCCACUUCUUCUGCACAGAGUCCUCACCUGCUCCUUGGAAUACGACCCUCCUGGAGGAAUUGUGCUCGGGACUUUCUGAGCAGCUGGGCCACCUGGAAGCCUGUUCCCUGCAGGAGGUGGGGGUGGGAGAGCUGCCCCUGAUGAAUGGGGACUCCAUCCUGAGGAACUACUUCCAGAGAAUCUCCCUCUAUCUGCAAGAGAAGCAAUACAGCCCUUGUGCCUGGGAGAUGGUCCGAGCAGAGAUCAUGAAACCCUUGUAUGCAUCAACAGCCUUGCAAAGGAGUCUAAGGAGCGGGAAGUGACACCCAUUUCAACAUCGAAAUGGUUCUCUCUGAAGAA